CAUAGGAGCUGUCACACUGAACACGCAGAUUGAUCAAUGCGAGCGAUCGUCUGUUCCAUGUCUGACCGCUAUUUCCUCCGAUCCCCUCAAUUCACUUAGUUGAACCAUGCCCCCCGAGAUGAGGGAGAAGUCCAUGCCACACACCAUGGCGCCCUCCGAAUCCACGCCCCUCCUGCAGGUGGUCAGCGUCGCUCCCCAGCGGCACCGGUAUCCCCAUAAUAGGCUACGACGGUUCUGUAGCUUCACUCUCGGAACGCUGCUCGUGUUUUCUCUGUUCUUGUUCCUUCUUCCCACAGCUGUCUUUCCCCGGGAGCAUGGCUCCAUCUGGUCGUAUCUCCCUGGAGCGCGUCCAUUCCCCCAUAAGGCUUGGCCCCAGGGUCACGGUCUCAAGUAUGAGGAGCUGCAGGCAAUUCUUCAGACGACUCCGUCCGCGGAGAAAGCACGGGAAUGGAGCAGUUAUUAUACGGCAGGCCCUCAUCUCGCCGGCAAAAACCUGAGCCAGGCGAUCUGGACCCAAGAGCGCUGGCAAGAGUUUGGCAUCCAGGACACUGAAAUCGUGGCCUACGACGUCUACAUCAACUACCCUCUGGACCACCGCCUGGCUCUGCUAAAGAAGUCCAAGGAUCAGACUGAAGUUACGUUCGAGGCUACCCUAGAAGAAGACGUCCUAGAGGAGGAUGGCACCAGUGGUCUGCCUGACCGCGUGCCUACUUUCCAUGGCUAUUCGGCCACUGGAAAUGUCACUGCUCCAUUCGUCUACGUCAAUUACGGCUCUUAUCAGGAUUACCAAGAUUUGGUUGAUGCCAAUGUCAGUCUUGCUGGCAAGAUUGCGAUCGCCAAGUAUGGCCACAUCUUCCGUGGUCUGAAGGUGAAGCGCGCACAGGAGCUGGGCAUGGUGGGUGUGAUCUUGUAUGACGACCCAGAGGGCGAUGGUGAGGUUACCGAGGAAAACGGAUACAAGCCGUACCCCGAGGGUCCGGCCCGGAAUCCUAGUGCUGUGCAACGGGGUAGCACCCAAUUCCUGAGCUUUGCACCCGGCGAUCCUACUACACCUGGUUGGCCAUCCAAGCCCGGAUGUGACCGUAAGGAUCCUAGUCAUGCGAUCCCAUCCAUUCCUUCGAUUCCAAUCUCGUACAAGGAGGCCAUACCCUUUUUGAAGGCUCUUAAUGGACAUGGUCCCAAAGCAGUGGACUUCCCUAAGGGAUGGCAUGGCGGAAAACUUGGCAGCAAGGGCGUUGAAUAUAACAUUGGCCCUUCACCAGAUGAUGUGGUAAUUAACCUGGACAAUCAACAAGAAUACGUUACUACCCCCCUGUGGAACGUUAUUGGCACCAUCAAGGGUGCUAUUCCGGACGAGGUGGUCAUUCUGGGCAACCACCGGGAUGCGUGGAUCGCUGGUGGUGCUGGAGACCCGAACAGUGGCUCCGCUGUCCUCAAUGAAGUUAUUCGCAGCUUUGGCGAAGCUCUCAAGGCAGGUUGGAAGCCAUUGCGCACAAUCGUCUUUGCCAGCUGGGACGGAGAAGAGUAUGGACUGCUAGGAUCAACAGAGUGGGUGGAAGACAAGCUUCCGUGGCUUUCCAAAGCCAACGUUGCUUAUCUCAAUGUUGACGUGGCUGCCUCUGGAACUGUUCUUGGCCCUCGGGCAGCCCCGCUCCUGAACAGUUUGAUUUAUGAGGUUACUAGCCUCGUCCAGUCUCCCAACCAGACUAUUGAAGGCCAAACGGUUCGUGAUGUCUGGGAUGGCCACAUUGCGACCAUGGGUAGCGGUAGUGACUUCACUGCUUUCCAGGACUUUGCGGGUGUGGCCAGCCUUGACCUGGGCUUCGGCCGUGGCCCCAAGGACCCCGUAUACCACUAUCACUCCAACUAUGACAGCUUCGACUGGAUGGAUCGAUUUGGUGACCCUAAUUGGCUCUACCAUGAAGCCUGCACUAAGCUCUGGUCCCUGGCGGCCGCCAAGCUGGUCGAGGCCCCUGUACUGUCAUUUAGUGCGUCUGACUAUAGUGCUGGUCUUGGUCAAUAUUUGGAGAAGAUCAAGCCCAGUGCAAAGAACUUGCCUGGCGGCGAGUUCGACUUCGGGUCUCUGGACAGAGCAGUCGCCGAGUUCCAGGCUACGGCUCAGAAAUUUGACGCCAAUGCCGCUGAUCUGACCGCCCAGCUGGAUGAAGAUCUUCCCUGGUACCUGUGGUGGAAGAAGGUUAGGCUCUACUUCCAGAUUCGCGUGGUUAAUGACAAGUACAAGGCCCUUGAACGGGCUUUCUUGUACGAACCCGGACUCGAUGGGCGCGAGUGGUUCAAGCAUGUGGUGUUUGCGCCCGGCCUUUGGACCGGAUACUCGGGUGCGACGUACCCUGGCUUGGUGGAGAGUUUUGAUGCCGGUGAUGCGGCAAAUGCCCAGAAAUGGCGCUCUAUCAUUGUUGAUCGCCUGGAAGCCGCUACGAAAGUGCUUCAAUGAUACAGAUAGAUGAUCAUUGGUGGUUGGAUAGAUGGCAGGAGAAAGCGGAGCUGAGAACAUCUACCAUCGUAGCUUCAGAAUCAGUAGUAUACAGAGAAGAAUGUGACGUAGCGUUGGUGGUUAGAAAUGUAUAUAGCAGCUGACCGCAGGAUGCGUCGUAGUAGGACUUCAAUACAGAGUACUAUACCUUCUCAGUCAUGGU